AUGUGGAGUCCUAGAUAUUUAAAUCCAACUCUUUCCAAAGAAGAAUUAGCCCAAGAACUGGAUGAAAUAGAUGCAAGAAAAUAUCAACCAAUUAAGGCUGCUCAAAAUAAUCAGACCACAUCUAUAUUCUAUAAUCCUACAAUUGUAAAAUUUACAAACAUGAUUAUGAAGGAUGGAAAAAAGCAAGUAGCUGUCUCAAUUGUUGAUAAGAUGCUAGCAAACAUUAAGACUGUUCAGAUUUUAAAAUACCAUUCAGCCUCCGAUAUAGAGAAAGCUGGAAUUGUAUUAAAUCCUAUUUUGAUUUUUUUUUCUUUUCUUUUUUCUCCCCUUUUUAUUUUUACCCCCUUAAUUUUUGCUCUUUUUCUUCUAUUUUUUCUUUUGAUUUUCAUUCUUCUUUAUUUUCGCUUUUACAUAUAUCUUCGUUUUCUUUAUUUUGUAACCCCUGUCUGUGAUUCGCUCAGGAAACUACCUCCCGACAUCGCAUCAGAGGUAUCCGAUUUAUUAGAUAAUGUCACAACAGAGAACCCAUUCGACGUUCUGAAAGAAGCCAUUAUAUACAGGACCGCAAAGUCAGAGGAACGACGAAUUAACGACCUGUUUAACACACUUCAACUUGACCAGAACAAACCAACCCAACUUCUUCGGGAUGAAAAGCCUUCUGAGACCUUGAUACAGUCAGAGACCUUGAUACAGAAACUCUGGCUAGACAAGCUUCCAACCCACACCGUGCAGAUUUUGGCAACGCUUCCUGAGGACUUGGACCUACUACGGGUGGCUGAAAUAGCAGAUAGAAUCGUACAGGCAAGGACCCAUAUUUCCUCGGCGGACAGCACACCCCGUGACGAUACGCUAAAGAAAAUGCAGCAGCAGAUCGUCAAAUUGUCCAUGCAACUGGAGCGUGCGUUCGCGUCCAACAUACAACGCAUACAAAUCUCGACACCAUAG